AUGAACUGGUCUCUUCGAAUCUCGCUCCUCACAUUGGCGUGUCUUGACUUCAACAAUGCUGUCCUAGCAAGUCAGCAUCGAAUGGUCAGGAUGCACAGUCGUCAAAAUUCUCCUCCUUCCAGCACGCAACCUCAGACAAUUGCAGACAAAAUUGAUCCAGGUAUGCAGCUGACAGAGGACUCGGAUGCGGACGAGUCUUUGAACUUCGACGAAUCCAUGCGGCUCAUGAUGCGUCGCAAAGCUGAAUCGGUCAUAGCAUCGCACGUCGGUACUUCCUUUUCCCCCGAUGAGGUCGAGAGCAUUCUCAGCGGCAAUGCCCCAUCGCUGCAUCCUGGUUCAUUGAAGAAUGUUAGUUGGACUCUGGACAUGUUUGAGAUGGGAAGCACGUUGCCAACCUCAUCUUCGACGUCUUCCAUGAGCUCCUCGAUCGUAAAACUCACGGUAACGUCGGACGGCGUAUCUGCAGAGAAAAAUGCUGCCAACCAGGCCGACACUACCACCGGCGUAGUCAACGUCGAUCAACUCCUCCAUUCCUUCUUUCACGCCGAUGCAGUCAAAAGCAUUUUUGAUAAAGUGCAGUCUGAAACCGACCAAGUCCUAGACAAGCAGGCCAAAAAGCAGCUGAUCAAAAACACCGCUCCAACUCUGCACAAGACGAUCGAGAAGGUUGCCAGUCACCGUGGAUGGGGUAUUCAAGACUCGAGAUUUGCCCAGAUGCACCUUGAGGGAGACCAAGAAGGACAGUCGCAGCAAACAGCCCAGACAGACGGAGUGGACCAGCCAGCACUAGAGGCAUUCAAGGAUUACAACACGUUUGUAAAAACACUGCGGUGUGCUCUCAUCACGUCUAGCGAUGCAGCUUUGGAUAGCGCGCAGGAGCAAGAGGCGACGCCUAGGACCGAUCUCGCCAGCAAGGCCUAG